AGUCCCUCUGCUCAGAGGCGGGAGUGGGCAUCCCCGCCCUGGACCGGCCAACAGUGUUCAGAGCCAGAUCACUGCAGCCGAAGGACCAGUCCAGACAUACCUGCCCUCCCGGGUCCCCCUGGGCUUGAGGGCAACUUCGCCAUCUCUCCCAGGCCAGGAUGCGGUGGAAGGCGUUGUUGCUUCUGCUGCUGUGUUCCGAUGCUCCCGUGACGGCAACCCACAGGUGGAACCGGGCUGUGCUGUUCCCUGCUGCCCAGCGGCCAAAGAGAGCCUCAGCGGUGCCCUUGAACCCCAUCCUGCAGACCUCCCUGGAGGAAGUGGAGCUGCUCUACGAGUUCCUGCUGGCCCAGCUGGACAUCAGCCCUGACCUGGAGAUCUCCAUCAAGGACGAGGAGCUGGCGUCGCUGCGCAGGGCGGGGACCUUCCGCACCGUCUGCAACGACGUGAUCCCCAAGCGCAUCCCGGACAUCCGCCGGCUGAGCGCCGCCCUGGCCCAGCGCCCCGGCAUCCUCCCGAAAGAGGACUUCGAGCGGACCGCGCUGACCUUGGCCUACACCGCCUACCGCUCGGCCCUGUCGCAGGGCCACCAGAGAGACGUGUGGGCCCAAGCCCUGCGGAGCCUCUUCCAGGCCCUCAGGCAUGACCUGAUGCGCUCCUCGGGGGGCAUCGGGGACUGGCCGGCUCCAGAUGGUCUGCACGGGGACGCACACGCGCGUCACCCGGACGGUCACCAAGCCCUGUCCCCGGACCCAGACCCCUAGCGGGGACACUCCCCGCGACGCCAAGAGACGGAAAGCCGACAAGGCGGUCUAAAGCUCUGUGCCUGCCCCUUGCAG